AUGUCCGACUCAGAAAAUGACGAAGACUUAAAAAAAGCUAUUGCUCUCUCUUUGGGAGAAACUUUAUCGCCGGUUUCAAUCCGUGAGAAGAAUGUUGUCGAUCUCACUGCAAGUCCAAGAGCCAUGCCUGACUCAAGAAAUGACGAAGAUUUAAAAACUGUGUUCGAUUCGGAAAGCGACGAAGACUUGAAAAGAGCUAUUGCUCUCUCUUCGAGAGAAACUUUAUCGCCGGCCCCAAUACAUGAGAAGAAUGUUGUCGAUCUCACGAAUUCAGAUGAAGAUGACGAUAACGAUGACCUUGAUGCGCCUGUCGCAACACAUUUCAAAUUCACACAAACUAAUUCUGUUCCCAACACAUGCACUGAUGCCGAACCCAGUACCAGUCCUCAAAUAUCCAGCCAGCCAGACAACACGUUAUUUAAUGGCCUGACUCGUAAACAAAUGGAGGAAGAACGCUUAGCAAGAAUUCAACAAAGAAGCAAAGAGCCAGAUGCCACUUCCAAGAAAAGAAAAGCUUCGGUGUCGUCGCCGACAACCUCAUUAAAUGAUCGUCGCCAACCAAAAGUCUCUCGAUCAGAACCCAUAUCCCAUCAAAUGACAAUCAAAGGUAGGAAGGUGGAGUCUACAACUCGAAAUCUCACCGACAAAGGACUAGAUAACGCACUCGAUCAAUCAUCAAGCCUCACAGAGCCAAAUUCCGAGACUGACAUUGAAACUUCAAUCAUCCCAGAAAGGCUAUCCAAACGUCCCAUAUCAGAAGGUGAUGUAUCAGGUACCGGCAUCCAGUUUCCUCUCGGAGUUGUGAAAAAGACCUGGGCGCAAGGGUUCCCCCGGGAGGAAGACAUCAAGAUUGAAGAGGUCCUCCAGAGUUCAACCCUUGAACAUGCUGUUCUAGGGGCUUAUCAGAUAGAUAGUGAUUGGAUCAUAUCGAAGAUCCAGCCUUCUACAAAGGUCAUCUGGGUCUUGCAGGCAAACACUGAAGCCGAAAAAAUGAACUUCAGGUCAUUGGCACCGGAGACUUAUCGAUUUUGCUUUCCUCCGAUGGAAGGCAAUGUCAACAUCAUGCACUCAAAACUUCAAAUCCUGGCACACCCUACGCAUUUACGACUAGUCAUACCCUCGGCAAAUUUGACCCCAUAUGAUUGGGGAGAGAGUGGUGGGAUUUUGGAAAAUGUCGUGUUCUUGAUUGAUCUCCCAAGGUUACCCAAUGGCGAGAGAGCUUCUGAUGACCAGUUGACACUAUUUGCACAGGAUUUACUGUACUAUCUUCAUGCGAUGACGCUGGCAUCUCGGACGAUUGAAAGCCUCCGAAGGUUUGACUUCUCUAAGACGAAAGAUCUAGCAUUCGUACAUUCGAUAGGAGGUUCCCAUUUUGGCACGGAAUUACAAAGAACCGGCUAUCCGGGGUUAGGCAGUUGUGUUAGAAGCCUUGGUCUGCAUACAGACCACCCCUUGGAGAUUGAAUACGUAACAGCAUCAAUGGGAAAUCUUGAUGACCGAUUUCUCCGAACAAUGUAUUUGGCAGCACAGGGCGAUAAUGGGUUCAAGGAAUACAAGUGGAGAACAGAGAAGCCCGCAAGGUCCAAGAUGGAGACCGUGAUGGAGACUCAGCUUUCAGAAGAAAUUGGGCGCAGGUUUCGCGUGUAUUUUCCCAGCGAACAAACAGUCAAAGAAAGCAAGGGUGGCACAAAUGCUGCUGGCACGAUUUGCUUUCGAUCAAAAUGGUACAAUGCAAGUGCUUUUCCAAGGGAGCUCAUGCGUGAUUGUCAAAGUCGCAGAAAGGGAUUAUUGAUGCACAACAAAAUGUUAUUUGUAAGAUCCCAGAAAAGUCAAAAAAGUCCACAGCCCAUCGCAUGGGCAUACGUUGGAAGCGCAAAUCUUUCGGAAAGUGCAUGGGGCCGCAUGGUAAAGGACAGAGUAACGAAGGAGCCCAAGUUGAAUUGCAGCAAUUGGGAAUGCGGCGUUUUGUUCUCCGUCCCCCUCACCGAUCUAAAUGCACCGGCCGCUGUCCCCAAAUCGGGCAUGCCGACUAUGGAGGCUUUUGAUGGGUCUAUCCCCGUACCCAUGGUUUUCCCGGGUAUUGUGUAUGGAUCGAAGCGCCCCUGGUAUUACAGCGAAUACCCUUAA